GCGGGCCGGGAUGGGCGGGAUGGAGGGCCCGGCGGCGGGCCCGGGGGGAGCGGAGCGCUACUUUACGCGCUGGUACAAAGCAGACGUGAAGGGGCGGCCGUGCGAGGACUUCUGCGUGCUGCAGCACUCCAACAGAAUCUGUGUCAUCACCUUGGCAGAAGCCCAUCCUCUUCUUCAAAGUGGGAAAACAAUUAAAAGCAUUAAUUACCAAAUCAGUGCCAACUGUAGCAGACUUCAGAAUAAGGUCUCUGGGAAGUCAAAAAGGGGAGCUCAGUUUUUGACAGAACUUGCCCCUCUGUGCAGGAUAUCUUCAUCAGAUGGAGAGGAAUACACCAUUUACAGUUGUAUACGAGGGCGGCUGAUAGAAGUGAAUGAAAACAUUCUUAGUAACCCCGCUCUUCUGCAAGAAAAGCCGUCAACCGAGGGGUACAUUGCAGUGGUUCUACCCAAAUUUGAAGAAAGCAAGAGCAUAACUCAAGGACUUCUGACGCAGAAGGAGUACGAGGAAGUUUUGUUGAAACGCCGUAAUUCUUCUUCAUGAAAUCAGUUCUACACUUACCAUCUGUACUUGAUACUAAACAAGCUACUUCUACUGUACACUGUGAGUUUUGUAGUAUUGAAAGGCCUAGUGCCAGUUUUAAAAGUGGAACUAAACUGCUUGAUUCAUACAAGAAUAAACCAGUUUGAAUAGUUUGUAUAUUAAAAUUUCUGUAUUCUUUUUCCUCUGAGUUCUAGCACUACAAGUUCUUAAAUAAGCUCAGAAGGACAUGUUGGAGAGUAUUUGUGUUCCACAAUCAGCUUUGCUUUUGCUUAAUGCAAGCAUAAUACAUACAGAAAAAUGAUAUGAAUUACCUAUCAUCAAUUUCAGCUAAACAAAAGCAAUACAGAGUUUGACAAAGGUGAAUUGAAAAUAAAAAUGCAACAGAAGCAUAAGGACAAAGAGCAGAUAAACUUUUCACACCAGGUUGUAUUUUCAUGGCAUCCUGAAGUGAAAUAACGCCCUUUGUACAGAAUUCUGUAACAAUCAGUAUCUGUUUUCUUAAAAUUUAAAUGGUAUGUCAAGUCUGCAUAAUACUUCAGUGGUUAAACAUGCAACUCAAAUUCUGCUCAGUAAAUUUUAAUAAAAAAAAGGAAGCAACAACUACUGUCUACAAAUAUAGAGGAUAACAAAAAAAGGAUUUGAGUCAAGACUAUUAGUCACUUAGAAAUACCCUUUCAUAAAGAUCAGUCAUGUCAUCAAGAUUAAAAUUCAGGGGUGCAGCUACUAAAAGAGUUGGUUGGUUUUUUUUUCUAGAACUACUUCAUUGCAGGUAUAACUAAGAUAACAUUUCAGUGCUUCGGGCCACAGCCUUUCAGACUAUAUUCCUGAUUCUGCUUUAUCAAAUACAUAGACUGAAAUAGGCCAGAGAUGAGUUUACAGACUUCAACAGUAGUGUUACAUAUAGCAUAUGCAGCACAGGCGUCUUUACAUAAAAUGUCUAUUAGCAGCAUCUUUGGGUUGAAACAUCCAGUAAGACAUUCAUAAGCAUUAAUUACAAAAUCGGUAUCAGUGAGCAUAGGAAAGGCAUUCACAUUAUAAAAAUACAGAACAUUUAGACUAGCUGGUGUUGUAAUGGCUAAGUAAUGGGACAUCUAUUAGAUGUGACAAAGGCCAACAGUUUCAUUUCAAAUUAACCUGGCUUGACUUUCCACAAAUGAAAGUAAUAUUGAAAAUUCAGCAAGUGUUAUUUUCAAAUGGGAGUUCCUGCAUUUCUCAGUGCUAUAAUUACUUGCUCUCUAAAAACGUCAGGUUUGUUACAUGAUUUUCUAAAGACUUGAUGCCAAAUGUCUCUGCUCUUCUUUCUGGAGUGUGUGCAUUUGUACCAGUUCGUAUUCUGUCUUCUUUCCAUGGUGGAGCAGGUUUAAGGCAACCAUUUCCUGCUUUAUUCUGUGUAUAUAUGUAAAAAAGAGUAUUUCUUAAAAACAACCAACCAACCCCAACAAAACAAAACCCAAAGCUUAUUUAAAAGUGCAGAUGAACAAAGUACUGACCUUUCUCAGUAAUUUGAAGCAAAGUGGAAGAAGUUGGCAUAAUAGAGUCAUCACGUUCCUUGUUUUCAGAAUGCAUGCAUCAACCUAAACAAGACAAUUGACAGUAGAGCAAGACCACUCAUUACCUGUGCUAGGCAGUUGUUUUGUGCAUAAGAUGGAAAUCUACUUUGAGCUGGAAUAAGUAAUAUUUGUCCUUCUGGCAUCUCUUCUAAUCAGAUGGUUUUGCCUACAUUUUUAUAAAUUUCUCUAUAUUAAAUACAUGGAAAACAAGAGCAUCCCUUCUGUUAAGCCAGGACUUGAGCUAUGAUGCAGAAGGGAGUGACACACGUCCCAAGAGAAUGUGUAAUUCUCUACUAACAAUACAGUAUUAAAACAGUAAUAGGAGUUUCUUGGAAAGGAGCUCUUGUCAUCUAAGUAUGAAUCAUCACAAUUCUUCAUGAUUUUCCCUUUUGUAUUAUGUCCUGCCAGCAUACUUUAUAAAGCUAUGAAUCAUGAAGGCCUUACUUUGAUGUGAGUUACAUUAAGAGUUGUCUUAAAUCUUAGAGCAUUUGAGUUCAUGCCUCAAGUCUGACACUCAGCACAGAUUAUGAGUUUGGGCCCUUGACAAACAUUAUUCUGAGAGCCUAGUACUGCUAUGCAGUGAUACAUCACUGUACAAACAGACUGGGGUUCCCAUACAGUUUAGAGAGUGUAAACCAAGAGGUAGCCCCGAGGUGCUCAGUUUGGUUCAGAGCGGCUUGCAUGCUCUAUCUAGUUUUAGACCCUGUUGUAAAAUUGGAAUACCUUUUCCACAGCCAAUUGGAAACAAACAUCCAGGUGCAGAGAAGUCAUAUUGCUCACACUGAUCAUACUGCUGCUCAGGGAUACUUAAGUUCUUCAAGAAACCUGACCUCCAUUCCCCACCGAGGUUUGCAGAUCUACUUCUUGUGGUAAUUAACAAUGCUAAAACUUUCAUGGCAGCUGUACAGGUAUAUAUUUAUAUCAAAUAUGAAUAUGAUCAGAAAAAAUUCUGGGCAGUUUAGGGUACACUACCUACCUACUGAGAAGCAAGCAUGUAUUUCAGAAAUACAGAUGGGGUUGGAAUUUACAUUUAUGUACAUUUACAUUUAUGACAAGCAUUAGUAACAACAGAAUAACAAUAAUUAUUAAAAAACAGUACUAUUACUGCAAUCUAGUGGAUUACAGUGUAAUUAUAUGCAGUAUUAACUCCAUCUCUUAUAAUUCUGCUGAAAAUUCUCAUCUGCAGCAUGAUAAAAUUCCAGUACCUCUCUUUAUCUAGUGGGUAAGGUGAGGGGCAUGUUGAUAGAAGUUCUCUGAAAAAAUAUUUCAGCAGCAAAAAGAAUAUAAAGUAGUGGAAGCCUAUGGACACCUUUCCACCUUUUCGUUUUUUUAAGUACAGUCCAGGAAAAUCAUUGUCUUGGGAAACAUUUCUGUAAACUCUUUGAGUUAACAGUGAAAUCCAAAACUUGAACAGUAAUUUUAGUACUUCAAGUAACAGGAAGGAAAAAAUAUCCUAUUAAUUAUUUUACUGAUUCUUAGACUCAAUAAGCUCAGGGCAGGGAAACUGUUCCUUAAAACAUUGAUAUCAUAGAAUCAGCCAGGUUGGAAAGGACCUCUGAGAUCAUCAAGUCCAACCCUUGAUCCACUACCACCACAGUUACUAGACUGUGGCACUAAGUGCCACAUCCAGUCUCUUCUUAAAUACCUCCAGGGAUGGAGAAUCCACCACCUUCCUGGGCAGCCCAUUCCAAUGCCUGAUUACCCUCUCUGUAAAGAAUUUCUUCCUAAUAUCCAACCUAAACCUCCCUGGCAGAGCUUGAGACCCUGCCCUGUAGAGCAAUACUGUCCAAUAUCCAAGCCAUCCACCAACAGGCUUCCAUGUAUGCUGGGUGCCAGUGUACUGUAUUUUGCCUCCUAUCAAACUCCCAGCAUUGAGUGAGUGGAUAAGGUCAGGAUAACUUCAAUGAAACCCUACUCUGAUAGUAGGGAAAACAUAAAAAAAAGGCCAGAAGACAACAGCACCCAUGCUGGAGAAAAUUCCCUCCUGAGACAAGGCAGUGCAGCAAAUGGCUGGGAUUAGUUAUCAGUGAGGGACGUCCCAAUAGACAAAACAUUUUCAGCAAAGGGAAGAGUUCUUAUGGUUCUUCCUCCAUAUUUUGCACAUCAGCUGCUCAAAACGUGUUACGUGCAAAACAGCAGAACUUCAGUUCCUCUCCUACACAGGGAACAGCAACAGUGACAUACUGCAUAGCAGAAGAAUGCUUGCACAACAGCACAAAAUUUUGUACUUAUUAAAACCCUGUCAAUCGAGAAGCCAGUCAAGAAGUUCAGCUGUCAUGAACUGCUCCAUAUUUUAACAGGAGCAUAAAUUAGUAAGUUACUGCAUUUCAAAACAAGUUAGGCAUUGCUUUCAGGAAUAUAUAUAAUUUUUACCUUACCUUUGUAAAUGUAGCACUUUUACCCUGAGCAGAAGCUUUAGCUGUUAUCUGGAGCUGCUUGCACACAGAGAUGAGUUUUUCAGCCUCCAACAGAAGCAAAGGCUUGUCAUCCUCGUGUACCUGAAACGUGGUUCAGGAAGACAAGACAACUCUAUGUUAAAGACUCCGAUUUUAAGUGAACAGAGGAGACAGCACAGCCAGUUUUUAAGCACUGGUGUCACUGGUGUCAUAAGGUGAAUGGUUGUUUUAGAGGUCAUACAUCACCUGAUCAGAGAAAGCAUGAAGAGCUGAAGCAAGCUUUGUGCCCUCUGUGGCAAAAAUCUGAAAAUGGGAGAAAGCAUGUAACAAAAAUGAACCACAAUGGAAGUUUUUACUAAUUUUAAUAGUGUGCUAUAAAAUAAGAAGGUAGCAGGAAAUACUUGUAAUAGUUGUUGUAUAUAUUUACAAUUCACAAGUCAGCAGUUUGCAGUCACUUUUGAAAUAAGAAGCUACACUACAAACUGCCAUCCUCCCACAUAAGCAAAGCUUAAAGGCUUUCCCUUUACAUAUAACCCCUCCCCCCCGAUUUCCAAUUAUUUUUGGCACUGUGGCAGCUCACAAAUUUUUUGUGGGUAGAUAACACCUGCCAUGUUUGUAUAUUGUCCUAUCAAAGGUAACCAGUCUCCUGUUAAACACAAGCAUGCAGGCUGGACACAAGGAAUCCACACAUUCCUUCAUUUGGCCCCUUCCCUUCUGUUUGUAUGAUGCAAAUUUUUACAUCCUGUUUCUUUCCCAAGAAAAUACUGCUGCUCAGACUAGGAUUGAGUAUCUGUUAACACUAUCAGGGACCGAGCUAAGUGACACAACAAAUACUACUAAUAUAUUGAAAUCCACUGGUAUUUGCCAUAUAAUGCCAUAAUUUGCUAUUCUUCCUCCUAGCUGGAAUGUAACACCUAUCAGUAUAAUGAAUGGUAUUUUAUGAAAAGUUUGCUUUCAGAAGGUAUGUACCAGAGCUGGGCUGCUUAAAAUCUACAGCUGCCAGUCAAUUCAUGGUACACUUUACUUAUGUGGAAGGAAUCAGAGACUUUCAUUCCAAUUUGGCCUUCAAUCAGAGUGCCCACCUCCUGUUUUGUUAAAAACAUAUUACCUCUGCUUGAUGAAAUAAAUCUUGAGUAGUUUUCAGAAGUCCUUCUCCUCUGCAGGAAAUAAGGAAAGCAGAAGAUAUGCCAUGUACAGACUGCAGACUGUUUUGCCUGCUACUUGCAUAAGUUAUAGUCUCACUAAUGAACGUUUUACAGUCCACACCACUGAACUGUAAAGUAUCAGUCUUUUAGAAGAUACCAGACACAACAAUAACUUACUACAGGAACUGCAUUUCAAAAUACUGUACCAACACCUCAGUAGCUAGAGCAUUAUUGGGGAAUUAGCAAUGGCUCAGUUCUUGUAAGCUGAACAAGAAGAGAAAUCCAUGUCUCUGGCAUGCUGAGAGCUAUAGGGCUAGUAGCUUAAAAAAAUAAAAAACCUCAGAAACAUUUUGUAAAUAAAAACAAACCUAAAAUCUUCAAGUAAGAAAGCUUGGGUAAGGGUAAGGUUCAGAACAACUCUUUUUAGUACAGCAAAGAUGAGUAAUUCUCAUCUACAAUUAUAUACCUGUGCUUCAAUUCCCUUGACUUUCAAAGAAUUUGUGAACAUACUUCUUAAAAUGUUUUCUGUCCACAAGAGAUAUUUAAAUAGACAGGCUGCAACAAAAUAGGUGUUCAGCCUGCCUAAUUUUAUUACUAAACAGCUUAGAAAUUUUUAAAAAUUUAUAAAGCUUAAGGAUAAAAUCAACUUCCUUUCUGAAUGGGUCCUAAUUAUUACACUCUGAAAAUGAAACUGUCUUCUUUCUUAUAAACACUGUUAAGGCUCUUCUUCCCACCAAAAUUUGCUGCAUACAAUGUAAUUACCUGGUAAAUAAAUACAUGGAGUAGGCCAUACUUGACAUGCCUUGUCCAUGUUGCACGAUCUCAUUCUCCUGAUCUUCCCAUUUCUCUGUCUCAGAAUCCACAUCAGAUGUAAGGAGAUGCAAUUCUAAUCCAAGUUUUGCAAUUUUUGCCUGUUCCUGUAACCAUAUUUAUGGCACUUGAAAACACAUUCUUCAGACAAGAUAAAAAUAAUAAAGGAGUUUUUUUUACGAAAAUGAUGGCAUCUUACCUCAGUAUCUAGUUUGACUGGCUUUAAUGCUUUCAGAUUUGCAUUAUGCUUCUGUUUCAAACAAAAAUAAUAUUUUUAAAUAAAAGGAAUUGGUAAUCAUUUUAUUAACAAAUCAUAAGAGGUAGCUCUAUACUCAGAGAAGACUAUGCAGAAGAGUUCUAGCGCUUUAAACAAAGUUCUCAGUAGAAACUGAGAACCUGUUCUGAUCUAUCUGUCCUCCUGACAUGGCAUGUGCAAACAGCAUCUGUGCCCUGCAGAUGCCCUGAAAUUUCAAGGAAAAGACCUCUUCCACAGUACUUGGACUCCACUUCCUAAUCAGUACAAUCUCUUUCCCUUACCCUCUAAAUCCUCAAUAAUAUUCUGGACUAAGCAAACAGUUUCAAUCAAGUGCUCCAGCACUGAUUUUUCCAUCAUCAAAGAUGAUACUGAUGUAACAGGGAAGUUGAUUUGGCUAGUAGCAAGCUGAUGAAGGCUCCAACCCAUGUAAAUGCUAGUGGGGCCAUGUAGCUCAUUAUUCUGUGUCCCUUUGUUAAAACAGCUGGAAACAAAUAGCGACACUUUGAUUUUUUCAUGAGUUUCCUUCUUUUAUUUGAGUCAUUGAACUAUUGAAAAUACCAGUCUGGCUGCAAGCCAAACACUGGCUCAGAUUAAACAAUAAUUAGCGCAGUUCUUGCCAACUGCAUGACACGCUUAUGCAGGAGUACAUCAUUUGUUUCAAAUUAAUUUGCAGUUCCUGGCUUUAACUUUGUAUGCUGGUGCUGUCGUUGUGCAAAGACAGCAAAAACUAACAGACAUGAGAUCCACAGUCCAUGUUCAGAAACUGCGCUGGAUUGAAGAGGAAUAGCAAGAUACAAAGUUGGUGUCAUAACUUGGAGAGGUGUGAGACAGAGGAGGAGGAUGGAUCAUCUCUGAGGAGAAGAGCAGGACGGAGACCCUUGUCUGAGAAUCUGAAAAAAGCUGCUGCUAUUCAUUAGUGGGAAUACUUGGGCAAAUUAAGCUCAGUAAUGCCUGCAGGGGAAAAAAACCCAACGCUGUUCAUUAUGAACAGCAUCAGAAAUUAAGCUCCCGGCACCAUCUCCAUCUCUCACCUCAGGAGUCUGAGCCAAAGUAAAGUACUACUACUGAAUUUCCUACUGCAAUUUGGUGCUCAGUUUAGCUUUCAUGCCUUUUCUCUUUUCUCAUCCCGAAAUGUUUAAAUAUUCUGAAUCUUAUGAAUGUCUACCCUGAUUAGACUCUGUAAUUCUGCCUAUGUAUUAGAAAUGCUGAUCUCAUACUGAAAGAUUUAGCACAAAGGGUAAUAACUGAUACUCUCAAUUGCGAUUUAAAUUUGACUAUAUUGCAUAUUAGAGAUGCAGUUUAACAAAUGCUGGUUUUAAGGCAGCAUCUUAAGAAAAGAAGACAAAACCAAACUAAAUUUGCAUGUAAACACAAACUUUGUGCUAGACAGUAUCACAAAUAUUUAAGCUGUGAGAAUGAAGGGUACUUCAAGAAAACCGGUCCUCUAGCACAGGUUAAGUUUUUCUAUCCACAAAUAACUAAAGAAAUCUUGUAACAUUUUUGUAGUUUUCUCCACUCUAGUGUUCAGUUGCAUUAUUUGAAUAGUGCAGUUGCUAAAAAACCAGACAAGUUAUUCUGCUUUUAAAACGUGAUUUGACACUUAAUGCUAUAGAGAAAAAAAAUAUACCCAUGCCGUAAACACACACGUGAAUCAGCACUGCUGCUCUGGUGCUCAGCUACGGCCUGGUCUGGGAUGCCACUCAUUACCAGCAAACAGCACACUUGCAAUUAAACAGAUGUAACAAAAUAAGUAAUCUAAUUAGAUCGACAAGAACAACAUGGCCUCUGUGCAGGGACAGCGUGGGCGUCAGCCAGGCACAGCAGACCUCUGUGCUGACAGCAGGGAGAGAAGAGGCACUACUGAGAAGAACAGCACUGGGAAGAGAGGCAGUUCCAAAGCUUACUUAAUGCAUCAGUUAGGCAAAGAAAUUACUCUGUGAAGAAACUCUGAUGUCUUAUGAAUGUAAUUUACAGCUCCUGUCUACUUUCAAACUGUGCAUUUAUUUUCAGUCCCCCCAAUGGUUAAGUAUCUUGCAAAACUCAAGGCAGCAACUUUCAAACAGUAACAAAGCAGAACUGUUUAAAUCCUGAGCACAAUUUUUUCAUCGAGAAUAUUUUAAAAGGCAUAUGAAUCAGUAAGUGGAAAUCUGACUUCAAACAUCUCCUUAAAUUUUGGCUGAAGUCUAGAAGCUAUGUAGCUUUUAAACAGUGAAGGACAAAAACCCUAUCAAAAGUCACUGAACCAGACUGUUUCCAGUUUCAGUAUUUAGUUCCCUAACCAUGGAAUUCACCCAUGCUCACACAGCCAAACGUUAUAUUCUAUUUAAAUCUGCAGAUUGGAUUGAUAAUAUAUGAGCUUUUCUCUUUUCAUUAAGGGUCAGAAGUAGUACUUGUGUUUGAAGUCACAGAAAUUACGUAACAGAAGACACGGAGACAGGGGAUCGUUUCACACCCGAAUUCCUGAACAGUACAGGUUAAGGAAAGAAAGCAUGGAGAGAAAGAAACAAGCUAAAGCUUACUGUACUUUCUGAGAUCAUUCUUUCCUUUUUUCCUACCCAUGAAAAGAUUCAGAUCGUAGCAAGUGAACCAAAUGACUGAUGACAUGAUACUAACAAGGUUUAGAAGAAUUCCUAACAUACAGAUGCUCUCAGAAACAACGUAAUAUCAACUAUAAUCAGCUAAGGAUAUUAAAUAUCUCACAACUAAAACUGGAUAAUGGGUGUAACUUUUUUCUCUACAUUAAACACACUUAAGAUCACAGAAGGACACAAGAACCCAUUAUCUGAAGAGCCUACAACAGGUUCAAACAUGUCCAUUGGUUCCAAAUAGGUCAACUUGGGCUACAAUAUUAAGUCUUGGUGAUCUGAUAAUUUUUUUUUUUUAAUUUUCAGUAUGUUGCAGCAUAUUCUUACUGUUUUAAUAGCAACAAUGCAUCUUUAAAUUAUAUAGCAUGACAGUAGAGGUAUGUGGUAACAAAUGUCAUAUUAAUGAACGGGAAAUAAAGUUCCUGUACAAUUAAAGUGAUUAAAACACAUUAUAUAAUUAGCUACCUUAGUCUUCAGUCUGUUUAUUAUUUGUUUAAUAAACUGACAAAGUUUGAUAUUUUACUGUCAACCAUCCAUUCAGGACAUGUUAUCAAGAUACUGCUGUGUCCCCAUCAAGUUGUGACACAGAAAGAAGUCAAACAGAUAACAGCAGAUAUGAAGUAAAUACAACAAACCCAAAAGCAACUUACCCCUGGUCUGGGCAGUGACAGGUAGACACGCUUCUCUCCUAUGAAGAACACACAGGUUUAUACCAAAAUUUGUAUGCAGAUUUUAAUCAAUGGGAUCAAAUGCCUUACCUCAUUCAUCCUUAAAUAGAAGUACUAUAAAAGCAAAUUACUUACCUGUAAUUCCUCCUCUCUGACUAAUGCAGAUCUUCUGUCUCGUGCUUUCAGAGAGACAGGCCAAGAGCUCUGUACUGUUCAGAUUUUAGCUCCCAGCAACUGGCAUUCAAGAAAGCUUAUCUGAACAGUUUCCCUCAGUAAUAUUUCUAGUCCCCUUGCUUGUAUUCCAUAGGGAGUAAAGCAGCUCUCUCCAAUGACUAGUUACAUGCACUCAUUUUGUUGCAAAGUAUAGAACAUGCAAGUGGUAGCUCCACGUAAGGCUUUUCUUGGCAUGGGUUGUAUGGUCUAAAAUUUAUAGUCGACAGUGCCACUGGUAAGAAAUAUCUAGGCAGGUUUUUCUAAGAAAUGCCAAUAAAACCCUCAUGUUGUACUGUACUGUAUGAUCACACAUGCAUUGUAUUUUAUAAAGAAAAAAGUUCAACAUCAUUUUACAGACUUAUUCAAUUGUUUCUUGUAUCACUACAAGCCUCAAAUAUUCCAAAUCUGAGCAAAACAAACUGAGAAAAAAAAAUCCUUUUAUGUGUUACUUAACAGUUCAUAAGAAGGUUUUAAUAAAAAGAAGAAACAGAGCCUGGGCUAAAAGCCUAGGAUUAGAGCUUCAGCUGCUAGAAGCCUUAAUGAUCUGUGAAGACUUAUGCAGUAGAUUCAGGAGAGAAAAAACUGCUAAACCCAAUUAAAAUAAGUAAAAACCUUAAAACCUAGUAAGAAAUAAGAUUUUACCCCAAAAACCCCAAGGGCUACUACGAUGGAUGUCAAUACCAGGUUUACACAGAGAUGAUGCAUCUCAACAAAGGAUGAGCAACAAACCCUCCUACAACUGCUACUUCCUUGUCUUCUAUCAGCUCCUAGAGAAAUUCCACUGAGUCCUCAGAAGACAGCUCCUUUGUGCAUUCAUGAUUUUUUGAAGCAUGCCCUUUAUCUCCUGACACCACAAAAAGAUUCUGAGCUCCAUGUCUAGGCAACUGACUCCUAAAAAACCAAAUUUUAGGCUGUUGACAAGUGUCUCCCAACCCUCCUGAUAAAUAUGAAAAACGUAACCUAAGACCACCUUUUCCCCUACCCAGUUUUGCAAAAGAUGAAUGAGCUAUCAGGGAACAAGCUGCCUAUUUUUUUUCAGAAUGCAGAGUUAUUUAGAUAUUAAUUGCCCAAACAUGUAUCCAAGCAAGAUCUCUCCCUAAAGACUGAUAAAAAGUAGGAGAAGUGAUUUACAAUAUCCCAUGUAUCAAAACAUCAGCUAAAGGGCAUGUAAGACAGCAUGUAAGACAUACCAAGAACAAAAGCUAACUUGUAAUUUUAAAAUGCUGCAACAUAAAAGAUCUCCUUGGAGCUAUGUCAAAACUUGUGCCUUGUUAAAAAAAAAAAAAAAAGUUCAAACACAAAAAGCUUUGACAUAACAAAUGGAAUACAAGUGCAUACCGAGAAGACACACUUCUCACACACAAAAGUCGACAUUCAGAAUUAUGGAAACCAAAUGGAAAUAUGUAGCAAACAGAAAUAAGAAAAAACCUUUAAGAAAAAUGUGAUUGCUUGUAAAAAUAAGGAAAUCAGUAUAAACAGUAUGAAUCUAGUGUAAUCUGAAAAAUGCUUAUUUUAUUUUAUGUGUCCAGCACAUUUAGUCACCAUUCAAUUUUUGCAUCUUAAGCUGUAUUCUGAACUCUCUAACAAAGCCAAACAUUUAAACUGGUAGUACAAAAAUACAGGUUUUUAAACUGAGGAGAAAGAAAAA